AUGGAGAGUAAGCAGAACAAUACUUGUGGGAUUUGUUUGGAGAAAACUGAGAUUCAUGGGAUGUCUUCCCUUCAUGAUUGCCCUCAUAAUCAAUGUACAUCUUGUCUGAAAACGCUUGCUGAGGUGAAACUAAGUGAAGGUUCUCUGCCUACUUGCCCUCAUGAAGGAUGUAAAUCCAGUAUCAAGAUCAGGAACUGCAAGAAGAUCUUAAGCCCUAAAUUGGUGGCUUGGUUGGAAGAACGGCUAAAGGAAUCCGAGAUUCCGGUCCUGGACAGGAUUUAUUGCCCAUAUCCUAAAUGCUCUAACCUCAUGUCAAAACCUGCCGUCCUCAAGCAUACUAAUCACGUGGCGAAGAACAAGGAGGAUGUUAUUUCCGGGUUCAGGAAAUGCUUGAAAUGUGACAAUGGAUUCUGUGUGAAUUGCAAGAUCCCGUGGCACGAAGGCACCACGUGUGCUGAGUACAAGAAGCUGCAUCCCCAUUCGACAGCAGAGGAAGAGAUGCUGAUCUCGCUCGCGCAACGGUACUCGUGGCGAAGAUGCAUCAAAUGUAGCCAUAUGAUUGAACUCACAGCUGGUUGUUACCACAUAAUAUGCAGAUGUGGAUGUCAGUUCUGUUUCACCUGUGGAAAGGAAUGGAAGAACAAAGAUACAAGACCUUGUAGUUGUCCUCUCUGGGAUGAGCGCCUGAUUAUUUACUAA